AUGGCGACCAACGGGUCCCGAUCAGCAGCAGUCGCCGCGACAAGACUGGUCUUCCGGCACGCCCGACAGACGCGCAUCACACCACCUUCCCCGGCCCUGCAGUGCGCCGCCACCGCCGCCGCCGCCGCCCGCCGGUCCUUGACCACCACCACAGCAUGCCGAGCCCAAACCGAGAGCGCCAAGAAGAUCGACGAGCUCUCCCGCAAGGUCGAGGAGGCCGAGCGGCCCGAGGAGGUCAAGAGGGAGCGCCCGCGGUGGUCCUACACGCCCGAGGCGAUGAAGGCGCCGUUCUCGCCGCACAUCACCAAGAACCCGGCGCGGAGCGUGUGGAGGGUCAAUGAGGACCCCAAGAAGCUGGACCAGAUGUACGUGCGCCUCUUGGGGCGCGACGGCGACAAGCUGCUGCCGGAGGAGGUCAAGUGGUUGGCUGUGACGCAUAAGAGUUUUGAUUACGGGAGGAGAGGAUUCAAUGAUCGGCUCGCGUUUUUGGGCCGCCAAGCCGUUAUUCUCGAAGUCGCCCAGAACAUCAUGUCCAGCGCCCCCAAAGAGGGCGCCGUCGUUCCGGAUGAGCACGGCCGGGAACCGUUCCAGCAUCAGGUUCUUUCCAAGCUCGACAACUUCAACGUCCAGCAACCGAGCGACAUCCUUUCGAGGGAGAAGGUGGAACGGUUGGCUCUGGAUGUUGGUCUCGAUAAGGUGUUGAGGUGGAAGCCGAGAUUGCCCGAAAAUCUGGCCGGCUCCGGUAUUCAGGUCGUGCUGAAUGGCGCUGUGCAUGCGAUUGUGGGAGCUAUCUCGCUCCAUCACGGUGCCGAGGUGGCGGGGAAGAUUGUCAGGGAGAGGAUACUGGCACGGGUAGCCCUCCAAUAG